AUGAGUAGGUCAGAAGAAGCUAUGGAGUGUCUAUUAUUGUUAUUAUUCAUCCUAGAAACUGUUUUUGCUGGUGUUUCACCAAUCUACAGCCAGAGUUAUUCUACAGUUUCGACGGAUGGAGCUGCCAACACACAAACUCUAAAAUCCAAUCAUAUGGAUGAUCAUCUGCAAAAAGACGUUCAGCAAAAAUCAGUGCCAGAAAACAUUGCUAAUGAUUCAAAAACUGCUGAAGGUGUUUAUCCAACAUCCGACACCUUGAUUCCGAAUGAAAUAACAUUAGAACCAGAAUCAGAACAGAUAGAUUUCGUAUUCUCUCCGAAAAAAACUGAGAAUAUUGAACUAUCAGAAGAAAGUGAAAACAUUGAUGGUCAAAUAGAUACAAAAGUUUCUGAUCUGAGUCCAUCCAAUGAGCAAGGAGUUUAUUACAUUUUCCAUCCCAAUGGAAUAUUGCAAAAAGUAGUGUUUGCUACAAUAGAUGAUCCGGAAAGGGGACAGUAUACUGCUAACCUUAACUACCAAAAUGUGCAGCCGAUUGUAGAGCCAGUUUAUACUUAUGAUCCAAAGACUUUCGUGUUCCAGAGGCUGCAGCUAUUUUCAAAUUGA